UUUAUCUCAAGACCUCAGGGACCCCAUUUACUGGUUUCCUGUUGGAAGCCAGAGAAGCUGGAAGCUCAACUCCAGUGGGUUCUUUUGUUGCGACACCAUCAAAUACUCAAGGCCUCACGUGUAGCCAGAGAUCUAAUUCAGCUUUAUCACACACAUCCGCCUCCUCGAAGACUAUCAUCCAGGCCACGUGGCAAUCAGACCCAUCACAGAACACAAACUCCAUCCAGUUCCACGCCUCCUUUGUACAGAGUUACAAUACCUUUUGGGUUGAUGUGAAAAGUCCGGUCCUCAGCCGUUCGGGCACUUCUGGAUCUUCUACCGGUGCCACAUCAACUACUAACACUAUCUCCAGUGCAAACUGCGGAGUGACCAAGAGUUGCUUCAGUCAGCCUUCAGGAUGUGAUCCUUCAAGCAAUUCUCAGUGUUUCUUCAUGUCAGCCAUGCCACUGACUCCUAGUUCUGGCAUCCGCUAUGAACUCACAGGCCCUACUAGUGGAUAUGUUGCUUUUGGAUUCUCCGAUGACCAAAUGAUGGGGAAUGAUGAUAUUUACAUCUGUACCUUGGACAACAGUGGAAUGGCAACAGUUCAACAUGCAUAUUCAACAGGACAUACAAUGCCAACAAGUCUUCCUCUGGGCAAUGUAACUGGGGUAACAGCAUCAAUACAGAAUGGGGUGAUUGGCUGCUCCUUUACCUCCACAAAUGCCAUCUCUACCCAAAGGGCUUCUGGCCUAAGCUCUACUUACUACAUCCUAUUUGUUGAUGGACCCAGCACCAAUGGACAAAUCCAGAUGCAUAAAGACUCUUUCAGCAGCGCUACAAAGAUGGAUGUAACUACGCCUCAGAUUCUUGGAAGUGCUGGUUUGCCUGAGAUCAUGCAAGCACAUGGGACUCUGAUGCUGAUAGCAUGGAUGACCACCGGCUCACUGGGAAUGAUGAUAGCACGGUAUUUUAAGGGAAUGGCUAAAGGAGUGAACCUCUGUGGGAAGGACAUUUGGUUUGUGGUCCAUGUGACAUUAAUGAUUGUCACUGUUUCAGCCACCAUCAUUGCGUUCAUUCUGACCUUCGUAUACAACAUGGGCUGGGCUGAGGGAGUCCAUUCUGUGUUGGGAUGUCUGGUCAUGAUCUUCUCACUGAUCCAGCCUCUACUGGCUCUAAUGCGCUGUGCACCACAGCAUCCACAGAGGUUUCUAUUCAAUGUUGCGCAUUCUUUCAUUGCAAUGGCAGUGAAAGGUUUGGCUGUGGCAGCCAUAUUUACAGGCCUGCAGAUAGUUGACACCACUACAAGCCAGUGGAUGGUGAAACUGAUGGGUGGCUUUGUUGCCUGGGAACUUUUGUUCUACACAAUGUUGGAGGUCUUCAUUAGAUGGAAGCAUGAAACAGAGUCCAGGCUGCAAUCAUCCAUGCCAGACACAGCCAUGGAGCUAACAGGCCACAGAACAAGGAACCAUGAUCCUGCUGCUGCGAUGCUGAAUUCAGAAGGGGUCCAAGUGGAUGUUGUUCUGGUGGUUAUAUACUUCCUUGGUAACCUGUGCUUUCUGGUGGCUCUGCUGGCUGGAAUCGGGACCUCAUGAACUGAAGGAUCAAAGAUUAAUAUUGGUUCAUUUAUACCCAUAUAUCCCUCAUGAAAGUAAAUGUUUAUUUUCAAUAUAUCAACUGUGAGCACAUCUGGGUCUCCAGCUAUGUGGUAAUAAUUAGAUAAUCAGUUAAAUAAAAUCUGAUGUUUAGGGUUGUGGUACAAAGUUUAUUUUUUUAAAUAUGUUGGAAAUGCACAAUUUGAAGCAGGUCAGAGUGCCAUACCAUGUCAGAGCUAUUAUGCAGCUGUUGUUGUGCUGUUGACUAUUAAAUUUGUGGUAUGAUGGACGGGCAGGGAGACAAAAGUCGAACAACACAAACGGGAGGCGUGCAGCAAUGUGGAGACAACAGAGAUCGAUUUAAAGCAGAGUUUGUUCAUUUUAGCACAUGGCUGUUUUUGUUCCACGGGAAAUAAACUUAUUUUGUUAUUUUAUCA